UGGCAUUACAAAUGUAUCGAAAACAUUUGUAAAAAAUUUGAAAUAACGGGUAACACAACAACAUCACUGCUGUCGUUAAACGCCUGUCGUAUAAUUUGUGGCAGGGGAACUAUAUGGCCAGAACCAACAGACAAAAAUGGUUUGAAUCAUGAACUAGUCAAUAUAAAUGUCAACAGGAUACGAUAUUAUGACUCAUAUAGAAAAACAGUCGUGGGUAAGUUCAUCAUGCGCAAAGUGAAUGCUUUUAGAAGCUACUUGAGAGCAUUUAAGCCAAACAUGACACGAUUGGUAAGAAGAAGGAAAAUGCAGAUUAUUGUCUAUGAUCUGCAAAAUACCAAUGACAUGUCACUGACUUUGGAGACCAAAGAAGGUUAUGAGUUGAAAAUUUCAACGCAAGGUUACUCAGUGGACGUUGAGUUGAGGGCCGACAAUUAUUUCGGUAUCAGAAACGGAUUAGAAACCCUAGAACAGUUGAUUACUUUCAAUGAAAUCAGUAACGAGGUUCAGAUAGUAAAACAUGCUUGGUUUGUCGACAGUCCAGCGUAUCCGUACCGCGGAAUAUUAGUGGAUACCAGUCGCAAUUACAUAACCAAGUCGGCGAUAAUGAAAACAAUUGAGGCAAUGGGUAUGUCGAAAUUGAAUACACUGCAUUGGCAUAUUACUGAUCAGCAAAGUUUCCCUUACGUCAGUCGCACUUGGCCGAAUAUGACUCGGUAUGGCGCGUACUCGCCUAGCAAAGUCUACACUGCUGCAGACAUUAAGGAAAUUAAAGAAUUCGGGAUUUAUCAUGGGGUCCGGGUCGUUCCCGAACUUGAUGCCCCAGCCCAUGUGGGCGAAGGCUGGCAGUGGAUUGGCGAUGAUGCUCUGCUUUGUUAUCGUGCUGAACCCUGGAUGUUUAGCUGCUCAGUACCACCGUGUGGUCAGCUGAAUCCUAUUAGCAACAGAGUCUUCGAAAUUCUGGAAGGACUUUACAAGGAUUUGUUGGAAGACUUUGAGCCAGAUGUUUUCCAUAUGGGAGGCGAUCAGGUUAAUAGAAAUUGCUGGCAAUCCUCGGAAGUUAUCAAGCGAUGGGUUAAUACCACUGACUCAAAGUUGUCGGAUGCAGAUUUUAUCCAUCUGUGGGCCAGCUUUCAGAAACGGGCUUAUGAGAAGCUGAAGUUGGCUAAUGGUGGCAAAGAUAUUCAGGCUAUUUUGUGGUCAAGUGAUUUAACUAAGAAACAAAAUCUAUAUCAGUUGGAUAAUAGGAAGUAUAUAAUUCAAAAUUGGAUGGGUCAAGAUGAUCAUCAGACGAUUAAAGAUCUGUUUGAAAAUGACUUUAGAGUUAUUUUUUCACAGUAUGAUGUACAUUAUCUAGAUUGUGGCUUUGGAUCUCAUGUGGGCUCUGGAAAUAACUGGUGCUCACCCUACAAUGAUUGGAGAAAAAUUUACGAGUAUUCACCAUCAAGAGUCAUCAACAAGCUAAAAUUGCAAUCAAAACGUCACUUGAUUUUUGGAGGAGAAGUAGUCCUAUGGUCCGAAUCGGUUGACAGUUCUUCCCUGGAUGCACGUCUGUGGCCUCGAGCCGCCGCAUUAGCGGGAAGAUUAUGGAGUGAAAAAGAAAAUCGCUGGAUGGAUGUUGAAUCAAGAGUAUACCGACAUCGCGAACGUUUGGUAGAUCGGGGUAUUUUCGCUGGUCAUUUAGCCCCAGAAUGGUGUCUUCAGAAUCAAGAAAUAUGUCGCUGGCCACAUUACGUCACGUUAUUAGAUGAUGCAAUAUAUUAUUUGAACGAUUCUAAAUAAUUG